AUAAAGUUCUGGGUAUACGCCCAGUGAUUUGAUGGGGGAAAAAAAGCUACUUGGGAAGAUUGGAAUUCGCAGAAGAGGCAUUUUCAUAGGCAUUGUCCUGGCUUAAGUUAGAAGAGGCAAGAAUCAACAGAAGAAAGGCUUCGUUACAAAACAAGUUACAAAUAUGGAGGGUGCCAUUAAAACAGUUGUUAUGCAGUUCCUGUCUUCAGCACGAGGAAAAGAGAGCCUGGGUGGGAAGAGCUUCCAAAAGUUAGUCCAGAGUCAGCUGGGAAACAUCCUGAGCGACACUGACAGUUCUUCUGCAGUGAAGGACAUGAUGAAAGGCCUAGAUGACAACCAGGAUGGGAAGGUCAGUUUCCAGGAGUACCUGACGCUGGUGGGCUACCUGGCCAACUCAGUGAGUGAGCAGAAAACACAGAGCACUGCAGCCAGUGAACAAUAAGAAGCCCAAAAGCAUUGAUGAAACUGACAAUCAUUUGUAAUGCUGGAGUCUUGCACCAGUAAGCAUCGUAAAUAAGAGAGACUGGGGCUAGUUGUCACAUUUUAUACUUACUAAACUGUUUUGGCUUGCUUUAUCAAAAAAACAAACAAAAAAAAUAAACCAUUGUUUUGGCCAAAACACAAUGUAUUAAUAAAUUGUGUAGCAAUUACCACAGCUUAACAUACAUAUCAAAACAGCUUUUUAGCCCUUGUGACUUCCUGUUGUAACCACUAGCCAAGGUCUUCAGUGCAAUCUAAAAUCUGCAAUUAAAUCUGCUAUAUGAUCUGAAAACACACCUAAAGUCUCUGAUAUUGCAAUGUACUCCCAUUUAUGAAAUUAUAAAACAAUGUCUGACCUGUGGCCAUGUACAAGUGCUAAAUCAAGUAACUUUUUUUUGCAUAAGUUUUGUUUUUUUGUUUGUAUGUUCUUUGCUGUCCAUUGUUUUUACUGGGAACAAAAUAUGCUUGAUUAGUGCUUAAAACAAGGCAUAACUGAUGAAUGCAAGCCAUCAAAUUUACUAAAAAUAAAGGCAGUGUCGAUGUUGUAUACACAUCAGAUUUGUCCAUUUGAAAAAGUGAAAUUUUACACUACUGGAAAAUUGUUUUUGUAUAACCUUUCAAUUAAAAUAUGGAAAUAAUGACAAAA